GAGCACGAGAGAGAGAGAAAGAGAGAGAGAGAGAGAGAGAGAGAGAGAGAGAGAGAGGUUGAAUGUGCUGCAGAAACGCUCGUGUUCGGCUUUGAAUGUGGCGGUUCAGUGCAGGAUUUUGACCCAGAACGAGUGAAAGUUUGCCGCAGAAUCGCCACGAUGAGAGAGUUUGUGUCGAGCUUCUGUUUCGUGCUGCUGUACAUCGGAUUCUCCUCGCAAUUGUCCGUGUCGCCGAGGCAAGCCAACGAGUUUCUCCGCAGACACCGGAGAGGGAACCGGGUGUUCGAGGAGACCAAGCAGGGUCACCUGGAGAGGGAGUGUGUGGAGGAGACGUGCAGUAAAGAGGAGGCGAGAGAAGUCUUCGAGAAUGACCCUGAGACGGAGUAUUUCUACCCCAGGUAUCAGGCUUGUAUGGAGAAGUUUGGGAAAGGUCUGAAACAGGACUUGAUCACCUGCGUCCACAAUAUUCCGGACCAGUGUUCCCCGAACCCCUGCAAUCAUUACGGGACGGUGCGCUGCGAGGACAAGAAGGGCGAUUUCCUCUGCCACUGUUUCACCGGCUGGAGCGGCGUCAACUGUGAGAAAGAUGUGGACGAGUGCAGCACAGGGAACGGAGACUGUGAGCACGAGUGUAACAACACCAUGGGCAGUUACCGCUGCUCCUGUCGUCACGGUUACCGGCUGUCGGGUCACCGCGCGUGUGUGGAUGUGGACGAGUGUGUGGAGACUCCGGGUGUGUGUGGAAGCGCGCGCUGCUCAAACCUCAUCGGGAGCCACGAGUGCCUGUGUGACGAGGGCUACGUCUACGACAACCUCAGCCGGAGCUGCGCAGACGUGGACGAGUGUGAGACGCAUGUGUGUGAGGAGGAGUGUGUGAACACGCCGGGAAGUUUCCGCUGCUACUGUGACGGACGGCUGGGGAAAACACUGAGCCCAGAUUUCCGGAGCUGUGAGGCCAUCGAGCUUCAUCUGCCGCAGGACAUGAGGAGGAACUCGCGCUCGCUGUAUCUCGGACGCAUGUUCAGCGGGAUCCCUGUGGUCAGACUACGCUUCCGGCGGCGGGUCCAGACCGGGUUCACGGCAGAGUUUGACCUCAGGACCUUUGACCCCGAGGGCGUGAUCUUCUUCGCCGGCGGACACUUGAACAGCUCCUGGAUUGUUCUGGUGGUGCAUCAUGGGAAACUGGAGCUGCAGCUGAAGUACGGAGCCGUGAGUCGAGUGACGAGCAGCGGCCCACAGGUCAACGACGGCCAGUGGCAUAAGAUCUCAGUGGAGGAGCAGGGGCGGAGUCUCGUCAUCAAGGUGGACAGGGAGGCGGUGAUGAAGAUCGCAGUGAACGGGGAUCUGUUCACCAUGAAUAAAGGCAUGCAUGAGCUCAACCUGACGGUGGGAGGCGUUCCCUUCAGAGACGACGGGCUGGUCAGCAGGGUUAACCCUCGACUGGACGGUUGUAUGAGGGACUGGCACUGGUUAACUGGUGAGGACACGUCGAUUCAGGAAACCAUCAGGAAUAACGAGCGCAUGCAGUGUUACGCCGUCGAGGACCACAGCGCCUUCUACCCCGGACACGGCUUUGCAUACUUUAACCACAGCCAUGGAGACGAUCAGACGCUCCGUGUGCAUGUGACCCUGCGCCCCGCCUCCUCGAUCGGGGUCCUGUUCGCUCUGGUCCGUCAGGAUAAAGUCCCGUUCUCCAUCUCUCUGUCAGACUAUCAUCCCGGGACACUCGAGUGGAGUGAGCACGUGCUGGUGUCGUUCGGUGAUGUGGUGGUGGCCAGUGUCCCAGUGAACCUGUGUGAUGCACACACACACACAGUGAACGUGACGGUGUUCGGAAACAGUUCUGGUACUGUACUGGAGGUGGACGGGCGUCUCGCUCAGAUCGAGCUGGAGGAGAAUGGAGACGCUCUCGAUCUCACGUCAUCAUACAGCACCUUCAUAGGAGGCAUCCCAGAUGUGUCUCUGGUGUCCACCCCGGUGUCGGCCUUCUUCACGGGAUGCAUGGAUGUGCGAGUGAACGGUCAGAUGAUGGAUGUGGACGAAGCCCAACACAAACACAACGACAUCCGCUCUCACUCCUGUCCUCUGGUGACCUCGGAGCAAUAACAGAAACCCACCCUCGAGUGCUUUCGACCGCGAGAGGAUCCGCUUAAUCAGGAUCCGAUCCUCUGCACACUCGCGGCACGCACAUAUAGCACAGCCAUAUUGAUGUAUUAUUACCACUGCUUACAUUAGACCAAUCGAACACAAGCUACUGAGAGUGUGCUGGAAAAUACUGUAUCUGUACAUAUGCCACUGUAAAAUGCUUUUAGAGGACGAUUUAAAAACAGCCACGCUCAUCGAUUAAGGCCUUCAGGCUCGAUGUAGGUGCUCAACUUCACCAUCAUGGAUUCAUUCACUGGCUUGAGUUUUUUUAAUCUUGUUUUUAUUGUUGAAGUUGUUUUGUAUUCCGUUCAUGUUUGCUCUGUGUGUGAGAGUGAAAGGCUUGUUGAAAACAAAUAAAGACGGAAAUUGUUAUUACGA